AUGGCCGAAACCGUUGCUAAAUUUUCGUUUUUACCUCUGACGAAGACAUUUGUCUCUCUUGAAGGCAAAGAUUAUAAGGAAUACUACUUAAAAUGGUCUUUAAAAGAUAGAAUAAAGGCAAAAAUAUUCACAUUUGACCAGGGAUUUCAAGCUUAUGAGAAAGAUAAAUUUGCCUUGGACUUCUUCAGGGAUCCAAAUGUUGUUUCCAAACUAGAGACUGAUUCAAACCAGGGACAGACAGCCGUUCUUGGUACUAAAGCCAAGAGAGUUGUGGUUACAAGUGUUCCUUGCACUAUUCUCUCAAUGGCUUUCUUCGACAAAAUAAUGGAUGGGAAUAUUGCCAACGAGUCUGGGGAUGUCCGAAAAUGUUUCGAUGAGUUUAAAGAGGAGUUUACCAUCAGUGAUAAUCUUCGCCAGAUGCUGCUGAAUGAAGACUCAGAUGUUUAUUGUGAAUUCAGUGAAGGAGAGAGGAGUGAGUUUGUGUUCCUCUUGUUUAGUCAUCUGUGCCUGGGUGGUCAACUGUGUCAGUAUGAAGACAAUGUCCAGCCAUAUCUGGACAUCACCAAGGCUAUUUAUAAAGAUCUCAUCAGUGUUCAGAAACACCCAGAGACAAAGGAGCUAUCAAUUCUCUCUCAAGUAUUCAAAGUCAGUUGUCAU